AUGACGUACCCGCUGAAGGAUAAACGAGAUGCUCGAUACUGGAAACAACAGGCAGCCACUUUGCCGGACUUCGUGCCGAAGGACGAACACAAACCCAAGCUGGCGGAGCUCCAACAUCGGGCCUCUAUAUUGUGGUCACCCCAACUGAAGGACCAGGACGAGAAGAACGUUCGAGACUACUUGGACUUCGCCGCCAGUCAAUAUGAAAUCGAGGAGGAACAGGCACUCUUCAUCUUACGUCAACAGGGCUUCGAUAUUGCGGUGGCCCGUCGACGUCUGGCUGGGAUUGAGACCGCCCGCGGUUGUCGCUACCAUCGUUGGAAGGCUCAGGACCUAGUUCAUUUAUCGAAGGCCUUCAAGAAGCAUGGAAACGACUUUAAGAAGGUCAAGGAGCAGCUGCCACAUGUCCCGCUCGCAGAACUUCGCCAGUAUUUUAACUUCAUGUACUCGGUCUGA